GUAUCGCCGAGGCCUCAUCCUUCCAAUGGCGGCUGCAAACAGGCUGAAUAGAAAGCGGGAGCAACCGUGGAGGGGGUCAGAGCGCUGUUACGGAAAUUAAAUAAAUAUAUCAUAUUUUCUAUCGCCAUAAAGCUAGCCUGGAAUUUGUUACACCUCUCCAAAUCUCGGCCGAUUCAAUGGCCAAAAAUCGGAACAUUUCGCUCCUUGAAUCGGAGCUAUAUUACUUGAUUUCUCGUUUCUUAACUACGGGUCCAUGCCGGAGAGCGGCUGAGGUCCUGGCAAGCGAACUAGAGGAAUAUCAGCUCUUACCCGGGAGAUUGGACUGGUUGGCAAACGAGCACCCGAGAACAUACGAAGAUGUGGUUGCAGCCAACAGACAUAUUGCACCUGACCAUUUGCUACAGAUAUGUAAGCAAAUCGGACCACUCCUUGACAAAGAGGUGCCAUCAUGUGUCCCAGGUGUACAUUCUCUCCUGGGAUCUGGAAAGCAGUCAAUGCUCAGGACUGCAAAAGACUGCGACAGUGUGCGGUUUAAUGCUUCAUCAUAUGCAGCCCUUCACCGGGGCAGACCACCAGAGAGGCCUUUGAACUGCAAGAAACCUCCACACAUAGUGAAGGUGCAUCGAGGGAGAGAGCUGACAGGAGUGCAGUGCUUUAGCUCCAUCAGUCCUGUCAGCAACUAUGAGCACAUGCGUCUGCAUAGGCGGAUCCUGGGGCAUCUGUCUGCAGUGUACUGUAUCGCAUUUGACCGCACUGGUCUCAGGAUCUUCACAGGCUCAGAUGACUGUUUGGUAAAGAUUUGGUCUUCGUUUGAUGGAAGGCUUCAUUCAACAUUACGAGGACACUCUGCGGAGAUCACAGACUUGGCUGUAAACUAUGAGAACACGCUUAUUGCUGCAGGAAGCUGUGACAAGACCAUCCGUGUAUGGUGCCUUCGUACCUGUGCCCCUGUGGCUGUGCUGCAGGGGCACAGUGGAUCCAUUACCUCCCUUCAGUUUUCACCGUUUGCAAAGGGCUCCAAACGUUACAUGCUGUCCACUGGAACUGAUGCUACUGUCUGCUUCUGGCAGUGGGACGUAAACAAUAUCAACUUUAGUGAUCGACCACACAAGUUUACAGAGCGACCUAGGCCAGGAGUUCAGACUGUGUGCUCCUCAUUCAGUCCAGGUGGGAUGUUCCUAGCAACAGGAAGCACUGAUGAUGUCAUUAGAAUAUAUUACGUGGGAAGUGGAGGUCCAGAAAAGAUUUCAGAGCUCCACGAGCACACAGACAAAGUUGACAGCAUCCAGUUCUGUCACUCGAGUGAGAGGUUUGUGAGUGGAAGUCGAGAUGGAACUGCACGAAUCUGGAAGCUCCAUCAGCGGCAGCAGUGGAGGUGCAUCUUACUCAACAUGGCUGCCACUCUUCCAGGUGUUGAGCCUAUGAAUGAAGAGGAAAGCUACUUUAAACCCAAAGUCACUAUGGUAGCAUGGGAUCGCCAUGACAAUACAGUCAUCACGGCUGUUAACAACCAUCUCCUCAAAGUGUGGAACUCCUACACAGGGCAGCUGCUACAUAUCCUUAAAGGUCAUGAGGCUGAGGUGUUUGUCCUCGAGCCACACCCUUUUGAUCCCAGGAUCAUCCUGUCUGCCGGCCAUGAUGGGAAUGUUUUUAUAUGGAAUCUACUGCGAGGAACAAACACUCAGCAUUACUUCAACAUGAUUGAGGGCCAGGGCCACGGAGCUGUGUUCGACUGCAAGUUUACUCCUGAUGGCCAACGGUUUGCCUGCACAGACUCUCAUGGCCAUCUGCUCAUCUUUGGCUUUGGCAGUUCCAAGCCCUACGAAAAGCUCCCUGACCAGGUGUUCUUUCACACAGACUACAGGCCACUGAUCCGGGACGGCAAUGGCUUUGUGUUGGAUGAGCAGACCCAGCAGGCACCUCAUCUCAUGCCCCCACCAUUUUUAGUGGAUGUAGAUGGAAACCCCCAUCCACCAAGAUAUCAGCGUCUUGUGCCCGGGCGGGAGAACAUUGCUGCUGAGCACCUGGUUCCUCAGCUGGGAUAUGUAGCCACCAGUGAUGGUGAGGUGGUGGAGCAGGUGAUCAGCCAGCAGACUGCAGAGCACGAAGAAGCAGCAGCAGUAAGACGCAGUAGCCUUCUGGAUGAGGCCAUUCGACAGCUUCAGGAGCAGCAAGACCGACGGCACCUACCAGGGACAGCACCAGAGGAGCAACCUGAAGCACUUGGCCUAAUGUUGCCACCAGCCCCAAGCACGCCACGCAGAGUGUCUGUGAACGACCGAGCAGAUGUGCAGUCACCACCUAAUGUGGGCCUGCGUCGCAGUGGACAGGUGGAGGGCGUAAGGCAAAUGCAUCAAAAUGCUCCUCGCAGCCAAAUAGCCACUGAAAGAGACCUGCAGGCCUGGAGACGCAGGGUGGUGGUACCUGAACUGGCACCCAGCACCUAUAGGGGCCAGGAGGAAAUCCGAACAUCCAGAGGAGAUGAAGAGGUGCUUUUGUACAACACAAAGAAGAGACGUAUUAUCUACAGCAGCUGCCGUGAUGAUUCAGACGAGGAGCCUUCCACUGCGAAGCGAGCCCACGGCCGCAGAGGUUCACUGGAACUCAUCGAGUCAUCGUGUGAUGAGGGAGAGGCGAUGUCGAGUUCAGAUGUACACUCAGAGGACAAUGAAAUGGAUGGCAGUGAACUAGAUUCCUCAAAUGAUGAGGAAGAGUGGAAAAGUGACAGUUCAAGCCACACAUCCAGUGAGUACUCAGACUGGACAGCAGACGCUGGUAUAAACUUGCAGCCUUCCACUCCUUUGUCAUCACGGAAACGAGCAAGGUGCAAACUCAGCAGCUCUGAAGAGGAGGAGGAGGACAACAAUGAGGAUGAGGAGGAAAAGCAGCAAAGUGAUGAAGAGGAAAAACCUGAGAAGAAAAGCAAAGAGAAGGCCAAAAAAGCAAAGACCAAGUCACCCAGGCGUCCAAAGGCCAGACCGUCUAUUAACAGAGAAGUGUCCAAUGAGUUCAGGCCGUCGCCAUGGAUCACUGAUGUCAUUCCCAGGAAGUCUCCUUUUGUCCCCCAAAUGGGCGAUGAGGUGAUCUACUUCCGGCAGGGACAUGAAGCCUAUGUUGAGGCUGUGAGUCGGAGUGAGCUCUACCCCAUCAAUCUAGAAAAACAGCCAUGGAGGAAAAUGGAGCUACGGGACCAAGAGUUUGUGAAGAUCACUGGAAUCAAGUAUGAAGUGUGUCCUCCAACGCUGUGCUGUUUGAAGCUGACGCUUAUUGACCACGGCACCGGCAAAAUCACUGACAAGUCUUUUUCUAUCAAGUAUCACGACAUGCCAGAUGUGAUUGAUUUCCUGGUGUUGAGGCAAAGCUAUGAUGAGGCGCUCCGUCGAAACUGGCAACCAAAUGACAAGUUUCGCUCAGUGAUUGAUGAUGCCUGGUGGUUCGGGACCAUUGUCUGUCAGGAGCCCUACCAGCCAGAGUACCCAGACAGCCUCUUCCAGUGCUUCAAAGUCAGAUGGGACAAUGGUGAAACAGAGAAACUGAGUCCGUGGGAUGUGGAACCCAUUCAGGAUGAUGCCCAGCAGCCAGAGACUGAGGGGGGCAGUAUCCCUGUGACUGCAGAUGAGAUGAAGGAACUGAUGUACAAGCCCCUGCCAGGGGAGUGGGGUGAGAGGACCAGGGAUGAGGAGUGUGAACGCGUCAUUGUCGGCAUUGACCAGCUCAUCACUGUUGAAAUUGCAGCUCCAUUCUCUGGUCCUGUGGAUUUGGCCCAGUAUCCAACCUACUGUACCGUGAUCGCCUAUCCCACAGAUCUGGGCACUAUCAGACUGCGACUUGUGAACAGAUUUUACAGGCGCCUCUCUGCAUUAAUUUGGGAUGCCAGGUAUAUUGCACAUAACGCCCGCACUUUCAACGAGCCAAGGAGCAAGAUUGCCCACUCUGCAAAAAUCAUCACGAAUGUCCUCCAGAAAUUUGUCAAUAAUCCAAGCUGCACAGAUAUCAUGGAGAUCUACAGUGCUGUGGAGGAAAUGGAUGAUGAUGAUGAGGAAGAAGAUACAGAAGGACCAGGAACAUCAUCUGGACACAGACUGCGUCAGCGCUCUGUGGAGGUGCCACCAGACCGAGAUGCAUGGAAAGAACAAUGCAAGAGUCUGCUUAACUACAUAUUAGACUGUGAGGACUCGGAACCAUUUAGACAGCCUGUGGAUCCUCAGAACUACCCAGACUACCAUGACAUCAUUGAUACACCGAUGGACUUUGGCACAGUGAAGAGAACCCUGGAGGAGGAUCACUAUGAAAAUCCUAUAGAACUGUGCAAAGAUGCACGCUUAAUAUUUGCCAAUGCUAAAGCUUACACGCCUAACAAGCGCUCCAAGAUUUACAGUAUGACUUUGCGGCUCUCUGCCUUUUUUGAGGAGCACAUCAGAACAAUCAUAUCUGAGUACAAGACUGCUGUGAAAAGCAGUGAUAGGCUCCGCCGCAGUCAGAGGUUUCGCAAGAAAAUGCAGCAACAGGAUCAGCCCUCUUCCACAAGUCAAAAGAGGGCUGCUGUUAAAACUCAGGAAAAACCAGUGUCAACGUCAGUAACCAAAUCUACCUCAGCCAAAGUGUCUGUUCCUGAGAGAGCCAGGCGGAGUCGAGGCAGCAGCUCAGGUCACAGCUCCUCAGAGGACGAGUUUGGCUCCAAAGAGGCCUCAUCAACACCAGACUCUGAAAGUGAGAGUGAGCUGAGUGAGUCAGAUGAAGAGGAGAAGAGUCCAAGUUCCUCAAGGCAUCAUAAACGCAGACAAAAAGCCAGAGUUACAAGAAGCAACCGUUCCAAGCCGAAGACAAAAGUUGCUGAUAGCGACAGUGAAGAUGAGGAGGAAGAUGAGGAAUUUGAGAGUGACGGAGAAGAGGAUAGAGAGGUUUCCUCCCAUUCCUUAGGUCGUCGCUAUCCCAGUCGGAGCACGCGGCUGACCAGAAACAGCGCUGCUGGACACAGAAAAAAGACAGAGGGCAGAGUGGUAGUGAAUGGUCACAACAGGGAGAGGCAUCACCAGCGUGACUCCAACAGAGGGACAGCCCAGGGCUCGGACAGAGAAGUCACAGGUCGCAUAUCCCUCAAGAGAAAGACAGCGAGGGCUGCUGUUAAUAAGAUGAAACUCCUGGAAGCAUCAGAUGAAGACUAUGAAGAUGAUGAGGAGGAGAAGAAGAAGCCAAGUAGAAGCAGCAACCGGCUUCGCCACUCGGCCCGGGUCAGCAAACGCACUGCAGUGAUCCAAAGCAGCUCAAAUUCCGACGGAGAUUCGUCAGCAAGCGCAUCUCAGAAUACAAGAGAAUCAGGUGGUGAAUCCAAGGAUGAAGAAGAUGGCAAUGACAGCGAUACUUCAUCCUCUCAAAUUAAGCAGAAUGGAGAUGCAAAAUCCAUCAAACGGAGAACAUUAAAAAGCGAUGCCAAGACUAAGGGGAAUGAUGCUCUGUCUCAAGUGAACGGCAACAGUGGAAAACACAAGUUCGAUAGCAGCUCUGAGCAGGAGGAAACUACAGUGGACAUCUGCAGGGAAGCUGAGGGGGAACAAGCGUCCUCAUCUAGGAAACCUUCUAGAAGCACUGCUGCCACUUUAGCAAAAAAAAGUAGGAUUGCAAGUGAGGAAGAAGAGGUCACUGAACGCCGACCCAUGCGACUCAAAGCUCCUUUAAGCUCAGACGAAGAGGACAAUGAUGAUAUUUCCCACAAGCACCAAAAUGGAGAAAAUGUGGAGAAAUCAAUCCACAGGGACUCAAAAGAAAAACGAAAAGUUUCACCUUCGAAAAGCCAAGCCAAACAAAAGUCUGUCUCUACUAAUCAACUGGAUGGUGCAGAAUCAGAUGAACUCAGUGUUUCCCCAAAGAGAACCGGCUCACGCAAGAAAACUGUAAAAAAAUGCGAAGUAGAAAGUGAUGGCUCCGACUUUGGAACAAAGAGGCCAAAAAGGAACAAAAGCAAACGCCCUCGUCACAACACGUCUGCUUCAGAGAGUUCCGCGCAAGAGUACAAACCCAAGACGAAGUCUAGGAGGAAAUGGUCCCCCGGUUCAUCAGAUGAAGAGUCUGGUAAUUCUAAUAAGACAUCAAACAGACUUCUGAGCCUUCGAGUCCUACCAAAAAAGAAAUAUACUAGUGACAGCUCUCUCUCUGAGGAAGAUUCUGCCGCUGCAGACCAGCAUGGACAGAAAAACAGGAACAGAAAAGCCACGGAGUCGAGGGAAGACAGGUAUAACUCAAGAGUGUCCAACGAAACAUCUCAAACUGAAGCCAGAAAUCUGCUUUCUUCCAAGAGAAAACGUAUUUACACCUCAGACUCGGAGGAGGAAGAGAAAGAGGAUGGAGAAAGAAAGCCAGUACCAGAGGAUGAUAGAAACAGCAGGUCAGGCUCCUCAAAGCGCUCUAAAAGGGAAUCCAAGCAAAAAACUCAUGACGGCAAAGGAAGGAGUGCAUCCUCCAACGCUGAUUCCAGUCAGGAAGACGAAAAGGAAGAUGUCGCUCGUUCAAGGAAGGGGAAUAAAAACGUGAGGCAGACUAAACCUAAACGAAAAGAAAGCUACAGCAGCAGCAAAUACAGUUCAGACUCUGACAAUGAGCAGUCAUCUUCAGCCUCUGAAAACUCAUUUGCCUGCUCAGGGUCCCACAGCAGUCCAAAGAGGAGAAGCCGCGCGCAGACAGGGAUUGGUGAAAGGACUGGCAGCCGCCAGCUACGGCAGUGCCGCCAGCUACGGCAGCGCCGCCAGCGGGCCGCCUCAGAGGAAGAGUACGACAGUGAUGAGUCGUAUGCCAAGACGCAGCGAAAGACGCGCGUGAACACGCGAAACCGUGGAAAGAGGACGGUAAAUUAUCAUGACAGUGAAUGAAAGCCUUUACAGAGAAGACGGAAAUUAACUGGUAUGGUAGUAGCACUGGAGUCCUCAAGAAUAAAAUGCUGUGAAUCUAUUUCAUUCAGGGAUAUUUAUAUUUUCUAUGAAAAACAUGUUUAGAAAUGUAAUACAAAUUCAAGCAUUUGAACUGCUGGUUUUCACAGUGAUACAGAGCAAAACACCACCUCCCAUAUUGCUUGUUGUGAUUUGGCCAGCAGAAUAACCAUUCUUUGGAAUCUUGUCCGCUUGGGUGCUAUCUAAUAUACCUCUGUUUAAUCGAGCAUAUUGCUGGCUUGCACUAAGAAACACUGUAAUGAGGUAUUUCAUACACUAGAUUUGCAUUAGAAACUCAGGGGUCAACUAAGUUUACUGUAGUCUCAGACAUGCAGAAGUUUUUUGUGCUAAGAUAAGGAGACUAAACGAUUCCAGAUUGGCAGAUGUCCAAGCACAUUGGGACAAAAAUCCAUGUUCAUACUUUUGACUACAGCACUCCUUUGUAAAUCCACACACUUAUUGCUUGACUGUAUUAUGAGAUAUGAGCCAAAUGAACUACAAUUGAUUAUUUUCCCCACACAUUUUUUGUUCUUUCAUUCAUUUUUGGAUUCUAGUGAAUAGGUGUAAAUAAGUGAUUAAGAAAGGUCUGAACUGCUUAAUGAUCAGGCGGUAGCAAAUUGUUUAUUUAAAUUUGACUUUCUUUCUUUCCUUUUUUUUUUUUUCUUUUUUCUUACAUGUAACUUCAUUGUCUUGCCAUAUGUCACAAAUUGGUACUUUUUUUUUUUUUUUUUUUGCCAAGUACAAAUAACCAAAAGUACUAAAUGCAAAAUACUGUGAUUUCUCAUAUUGGGAAGACCUUUUUAUUGUUCUGUGUUAACUAUUUUCAGUAUUAAAUUCUUUUUCAGAGUUGACAUUUUGCCAGUCAUGGUUUCUUUUUGUUUAUAGGGAGGUUUCUAAAUACAGUCACUUGAUAUUUUGCUUAAUGUUUUUCAUACUAUACCUUUAAUAAACAGAAUUCACAGGAAAACUAUUAAUGCAAUGUGGUCGUAGAGUGCAAUGAAUGCGUUAUUCUUCCUCUUAAUAAAGACGUCAAUUCAAGGUG